CAACGCAAGAAAAGUGAUGGAAGAAGAAGCCACUUACAAAGGUGAUAUUCUGUAAAUGGUGACGUCGCUCGUUCGCAGGUGGAAAAAAGUAUUGAUUUUUUUCUUCCUUUCGCGCUCUUUGGGUCCCCCGCUGCGCCGAGGGCAGUGAAGCAAUCAACAAUCAUCAAACCAUUGGCGACGGCUACAACACAGUUCGUGAGUCAUGCCAAGUGGAAGACCCAUUGAAGAAGAGCCAACGGGGGGUGACGGUGGCUCAACUUGAUAGCAAUCCUGUGGUGACAAUCAUUGCGAAGGAGGCAUAACCAAUCAUCUGUGAAAGAUCCCUAAGACGAGCAAUAUAGUGUGACAUAAAUCAUGGUGAAAACAUCGCUUGCGUUAUGUGAUAACUAUACCCGAGUAGAGUCCUCUUGUUACAUAUAAGUAUGGUGUAGUAGGUGUAGUUCCAAGUAAUCCAAUUUGACCAUCAGCACUACUUGCAAUCAACUGUUGCCAUUUUCGGAAGAAGCAGCAGAAGGUGGAAAGCUUAAGAAACAUAAUUCAAGUGGUUGCAACCUUUCGUAGAAUAGAGGCCAGUUGUCGGGAACGGACUGGAAUUUCGUUCGAUAUCGACCAUUUCAUUUCGGUCAGAAGAGGUCAGAAGAUUGACCACAAUCCAAGAGUAAGAAGAAAGUGCAAUCAUGAAUCAUAAAUCGGUGCUGGUGCUGUUGCUGUUCGGGUGCAUCGUGCUCGGUGCUUCGGUGGCCUUUGCCGGAGUACUGAAUGUGGCCAACAGCGAUCCAGCACCGGGACGCUCGCCGGGUCCACCUGUUCUUGCACCAGCAGCUACGAGGGUCAUCGCUGGAAUGCGACAGUUUGGGGGCGGAAGUUCCGAAAACGGGGAACAUGGGGACAUCGAAGGCGGUUCUCCGACCUACAUCUUCACCAAAGAUGACACCGACAAUGGCGCAGAUGACGACGAAAAGGAAGAGGGCGGGGCGUCGGCGGAAGUGGAUUCCAAAAUCCGGUCACCGUUGACGUCGAAUGACGUUCUGGAUGCCGCCGGCGAGUCCGAAGGGGUUGAUGAGCUGGUGGAACCGGAAGUGGAUCGACCCGAGGAGGAGGACAGUGGCGAUCCAGAACCGCUCACAGGUGACGUCAACAGUGAAUCUUCCGGUGGGGUCUCAAAGAAUCAAAAAUCAGACGCCUCUGGUGGCAACGAAGAAGAUGAACGGGGCUCGAAUUGGCCCUGUUCCCAUAGUGUUGAAAACUAUCUGAAGGCUGAUGACAAGAUUGUGCGCAUCGUGAAUAGUGGGGGUGGGAAUUCAGUGGCCCAGAAACAAGGAGAAGAAGCAGCUGACAUACAGGGUAAUAACCGGCUGCAGGUGGAAAUUACCCACGAUGUUUACGAUACCGGCAACGGGAUUGUUCCUGGCGUUAUUUAUCGAGUCGAAGUCCACCGCCAGAAGGGAUCUGACAUCCGGGACUUCUACAUCGAGUCAUCGCAGGAUGCCACCCGUCGACAACCGGUGGGACAUUUCUUAGAUAGCAUUUCACAUCCAGGUCGUCAGUCGUCAGCUCACGAUGUAUCGAGAUAUCCCAGUGACCAGUUGGGGUACCCAGCACAACUUCCAGCCAAUACCUGGAUCGAUGAUCUGGAAGCGGAUUGGGCCAGUGAGCAUCCGGCCAAAGGAACCAAACAUCCUCAAGGAAGCUCAAGAUCCCAUCCGGAAGGGACCGCAGUUCGAUGGAAUUCGAUCCACUCGAAUGUGGAGGCGUACUUUGACGAGGGGGAAGAUGGAAGUUUGGAUGAGCUGGGGGACAUCCGGGAAUGUCCCCGAAACGUGUGGCAACAGGACCUAAUGUUCAACGAUCGGAUGAUGAUGAACUGGACCGUUUCCUCCAGAAGUGGAUGGUCAGCUGAUGAAGAUGAUGAUGACAGCUAUCCGGAGUCGAGUGAUAGUGAGAGUAACGGCAGAAAAUUCGGUAGUCGAAGUAGCAGUAGCAGUAGUAGCAGCAGAUUCGGAACUAGCAACGGUAGUCUAGAACACGGCGAUGGCCAACGCAACAGAACUGUCUAUUUUAGGAUAUUAUAUCGUACAAUGACCAGCCAUAUUGUUUACGAACUGAUUUACACAAUGGUGCUUUUAAAAGAAUGCAAUUUACUACUUAAGGACACCUCGGGCUCGUUCGACUCCGGCAAGCUGCCCUCGGAGUACGACGACGAAUGUAGGAUAAGCUUUCCCCGGGGGCUGGAGGAAGAUCAAGAACAACAACAACAGCAGCAGCAACAGCAACAACUAUUCCAGCAGCCAUCACCACCGGGUCUGGUGAUUCAGCUGACAAGGCUCAACAUUCCCUGCCGCCGGGUGGACGGCGGCUAUCUCAAGUUUCUUGACUCAACGACGACCACCACGACAAGUGAGGGAGAUCCAGCGAUCGCUAGCGGUAGUGCGACUGCGGGAUCAGUUUUGGGGAGAGGUUUCCGGGAAGAACGAAUGCUUUGCGGAAAGCUUGAAGAGUUACCCAAACACGAGCGGACGUUUCACUUUCAACGCCAUCAUCGGACCACAGUGCUAGUGCGGCAACGGCCGGUUUUUAGUUUUAACUUUAAACUAGUGGACUACUGUUACAAUGUAACGCUCAGUGAUAGGAAUGGUUCGGUGAUGUUACGACCGAAGGGUGGAUUGGAAUGUCGGUUCAAGAUUCAUUUGCCCUUCGGCAACCGAGUGCAGCUGAGGCUGGUUGCGAAUGGGGUUCGGGGGAGUUUGCCAAACCGAACCGAACAGAUCGAUUUGAGUGUUCCGCAGCAACCCAAUAGUGACUCAUAUAGCUCCGGAAAACAGUGUUUCAGUGGUUUGACCGUAGAUGUGUUCGAGCAGCCGAACAACCGAUGGACUCGUUGCAUCGACGAACGAGGUUCAUCGACGGUCUACACGCUGCUUUCCAGUGAUAAUAGUUUAGUGAUACAGGUCAGCAAAUACUCGCUGCUGGCAGCACUGCAGGCGGCAGUCUCAAACGGUAGCAGUAACUUCGGGAAUAGUGAUAGCAGUAGUAGUUCUAGCGAUGCAUAUCUUCCAUCGCUGCUCAUCGAGUACGACACAUAUCGGGUCGAGAGUGUCGUGUCACAAUGUGCCUUCGGAUGGAUUGCCACCGGCAGUCGGCUUUGUGUGGCCACAUUCGAAAACCGGCAGCUAAGUUGGGCCGAUGCCGAACAGGAGUGCGUUCGGCGUGGGGGCCAUUUGGCUUCGAUCCGAUCCGCGGCGGACCAAAAGCUGAUCGAUCAGCUACUGCUCAAGAGUCCCGGCUACCGGGACGGGAACGCCUACUGGAUCGGGGCGACAGAUCGAGUCGUUGAGGGGGACUUCCGGUGGAGCAACCAGCUCCCCUUCACCUAUUCCAAUUGGUUCCCUGGGUGGAUCCAACAGAACAACUUCAACCGACAGCCGAAUGAUGACGGUUUGAGUGGCCAGGACUGCGUCGAAAUUCGACGACUCUUCCAGGCACCCCCAGGAUCUGCGACGGGCAUCUCUGGAAUGCUCGCCGGUUCCUACAUGUGGAACGAUCGAGACUGCGAGACCAAAAACUUUUUCCUCUGUGAAAAAGUUAUUAUGGAAGAAGCCUUCGAAAAAACCUGGCACGACGAUUGCAACAAGAGCAUCGCGCUAACGUUGGAUCGCCCAAAAGCUACCAUCUGGAGCCCGGGUUUUCCCCGGCCCUAUCCGGACAAUGUCAACUGCCUGACCAUGAUCACUGCCCCGCCCGGCUACCGGAUAGUGUUGGAUUUCGAGGAGCUGGUGCUGGAAAAUGAACCACUAUGCGCCUACGACUACCUCCAAAUCAUGGAACUAUCCUCCAACUUCACCUCUGCCUAUACGAAACCCGCGAGGCCUUUCGCGCCUCUGUUUCAAACUCGGAAUCCCAGACACAGUACCAAUCGGUCCUUCGUAAGGCGAAGAAAAUCUAACCUUCUUCCGACGUCGAAGGUCGACAUCGAGGAUCGUCUAAUGGCGACCCUGAUCAGCAAAACACCGAACAAGAUCCUGCAACCGGAGGAUCCUAGCUACGAUCUUAGGCUUCCGCCACCGGAACUUGGCACCGGCCACGUUCCCCGAAAGGUUUGUGGCGACUGGAGCUCGAAGCUGAAGCUACUCCGGCACACCACCCGAGGGCCAGUGUUGGCCCUCCGGUUCGUUUCCGACUACUCGAACCACUUCGGCGGCUUCAAGGCCAAAGUUGCCAUGGAAAACGGACGCCAAUGGCCACGUGUGAUAUCGGAAUGUUACGAUGAGCGCUUCAAGGCCUACAACGCGUCCUGUUACCUGUUCAUCUCCUACCCGGAAGUGGACUGGAUGACGGCCCAACAGGUCUGUCGGGGGAUCGGUGCACAGCUGGCAUCGAUUUCGACGACCGAUGAGCAACGGUUUAUCACGGCCAACAUCCGCAACAAUUUGGACUACACUCCGAGAGCCCUGUACUGGGUCGGAGGGGAACUCUCCGAACUGGGCGAACUCGAGUGGACCGACGGAGCCAAACUUCAAUUCGAGGGUUGGCUUCCCGGUCAGAAGCCCGAUCCGGUCCCAACCCAGAGGGACACGGUUUGCCUGGGGCUUCAAUGGAAGGUCUCCCCAACACCGAUGAUCUCUUCCGGACUUCAUUGGACAGCUCAAAAGUGUACCACCGUUGGAGGUUACGUCUGCAAAAAGCCUAGACCAACGGCUGAGGAGAACAUGGCCAAAAACCAAACGCUCACCGGAACGGAGGGACGGUUGCUUUCGCCGGCUUAUCCCAAUCCGUACCCAGCUCAAACGGACUAUUGGAUACGGCUGGUGGCUCCAGAGAGUACCCGAAUAAUCGUUCAGUUCCAGAAGCUGGACAUAGAACACCAGGAAGAGUGUCUGUAUGAUUAUGUCAGCAUACAGAACUAUCAAAUGAUGCCCGAGAACUCGCUGAACCCGGGUACCAAUCCAUUGCCCUUGGCAAUGUACUGGGAAGGCCGGAAUGAUGGUCUUCCACCUCAGUCCUCAGACUAUGUUAACGACCAACCUUUUAGAAAUUUGCUCAAUGGAAACUACUACAACGACCAGAAGAAUCCUCCACCAAAAGAGGACAAGUUCUUCCGGAAGCGAUCGCUUUCGGAAAACUCGGCAGACAUCCAACAGAAGCUACAGGACAACAUCAAGCUGUUGGAAAAGAUCAACUCAAAGCUGAAAGACCGAAAGAAACGGUUUCUCAGCUCGGACAACUACAAAACGGUGAAAAAUAGCUCACAGAGUAUUACGUUAGAGUCGAAUUCGAUCGAUCCGAUGGAACCGAUCGAAGAUACGGACCCAUCGUUCCUGCCUUACGUGCGGUGGUGUGGAACGCAUGAAACCAAUAUGACGAGAUUCAACUUCGUUUCGAGUGGCAACGAGGCAUUUCUGAGGUUUCAUUCAGACUUCUCAGUUGCCGGGAGUGGCUACUCGGCCACCUGGACUACCGUGGACAUUUCCGGUUGUCCAGUACAAACGAUAACAUCUCGGGAGGGCUUUAUUGCCAGUCCCAACUAUCCGCACUUUUUGCUCAACAAUCUGGAUUGUACCUUCAUCAUCCAGGCUCCUUUUGGGAAGAAGGUCUGGCUGGAGUUCGAUGCGUUCGACAUUCUCCAGGAUGCGAUCGUAUACGUGGACAUUUCAGAGGGUCCCUUUGAGCCGUUUCGGAAUCCAAAUCACGUCAACGAUGGCGUUUUCAUGAGCCGUGGUGAACGGCUUGUGGUGCGGCUCAAAACUGGAACGCUUCCUAGGGGCAAGGGCUUCCAUGCUACUUUUAAGACACUGAGUUCCGCACUGGAGCAGCGAACGUUGGAUCUGACCAAUCGGACGGCAGGUGGUAAUUUGUAUCACUUGAACUACCCCCAGUCGGCUCCGUUUGAGGUGGAUUUCAUUCAGCAUCUGAUAGCCCCCCUCGGAGAGGUUAUUCUGUUGGAGCUGCACGGAGUUGGAUUUAGCGAGCACGGAUGUCACAAAACCGGGUUCAUUGAGAUCUACGACAACUACGCUGACAAAAAUGGAACCCUAUGGCACUUAUGCGAGUUGAACCACGUCAACGCAUCGACUUCCAAAGCGUAUUCGGCUGAGUAUAAGCUAAUCGAGAACAAUCUAGCCAAACCGGCUCCGAUCUACAUAACCUCAUACCUUAACACCCUACACAUACGACAACGCAACGUCCAAGGCAUGGGACUAAAGCUUAACGCAACCCUGCGCCUCCAAAACGACAUCGGCUACAAGAUGAAGCUGAUCACCAACGACGAAGAGUGGGUCGAAAACUGCAACCCGAAUCCGUGCCAAUCGGGUGGCAAGUGCAUCAUGCAGAAAGACCGAGGCAUCUGCCAGUGUCGGGGUUACUUCACCGGACGCUUCUGCGGCCUUACUAUGUGCGAACUGGAACCUUGCUAUUUCGGCAAAUGCGAACUUACACAAUCCAGCUUCAAAUGUCACUGCCAACCGGGCUAUCAAGGCCAACGGUGCGACGAGAAGCCGAAACCCUGCGAGGACAAUCCGUGUGAAGGCCGCGGUGAAUGCCACCCCAAGAAUGGGGGGUACUUCUGCCGGUGUCACGCCUGGUGGGAGGGGCCUCGCUGCGAGCGACGAAUGAUGCACAUCCCCUACAAGCCACUUUCGGAACGGAUGCUUCAGGAACCCUUCUGGCUCGGGCUGAUUACGGUGUUCGUGGUGCUGGCCGUCAUUGGACUAGUUUGGUGCGCCAAACGACACUUCCCGGAGAAGAUCGAGAAGCUGCUGGCCGAUGAAACACACCGGAAUCGACCUGUUAACUUCCCGCCACACCACCUGAAUACGGCCCUGCGAGAGCAACUGCAAGCGACGGCUGGCACGGUUCCUUCCUCGACGGCCACCACCCCCGCCACUCACCGGACCAUCUUCGGACGACUGGGUAUUAGAAAACCAUCCAUAUUGAGCCUCAGCAGCCCUCAGCCAGUGGGAGGGGCCACCGCUAGAACAUUCUCAUUGGAUGAUCUACUAAGGCCCCCUCCUCGACGAUCGCCAUCGCCGAGGAAGAAACGCAACAACUCUACCCCGACCAAGAAGAACGUCAAUGAAAAGAAACAGAUACUGCAGCAGCUGGUAUCGCCAGCACCGAAUGCAGCUACUAAGCAAGUCAGCCUCGGCGAGCUGAUCCAACUCUCGGAAAACCGGCUCAAGGUGAACCACGCCGAAUCCGAAUCGGACCUGAAGGAGACCACCUUCUCCGAGCACUCGCUCUCCGUAUCCUCCAUGGUACGGCAGAUCUCGGACCCGAAGCUGGAGAAAAAGGUUACCUUCGCCCGGCUGCUCAGCAAGGUUUCGGCCGAGAUGAGCAGCGGCUCCGAAGAUCUGGCCAACGGAACAAAACAUUCUAGCGCUUUAAGUCUUCCGACUGAAGUUCCGCAACGUGCAAAUUCCGUACCGCCGUCACCAAGCACAAAUGAAAUUCGUUCGCCGCACAGCACUUCCUCGAACCAGGGAAGUGGUUCGCUGUCAAGUUCCGAGCUUGCUUUGCAUGAUUUUGGCUUGCGAGCCCAGCGACGGGUUCGGCCGAAGGUGUCCAGUGCCGAUUCCAUCCUGGCGAUGUUCAAGAACUUUGCGACUUCGACGGCCGGGGUCAAUCUGCCCUCGUCGAUCGUCAUAUCGCCUUCGUCGACGCCGACGGCUUCCAGCCCACAGGACGACGUGGCCGGCGACGAUGACUCGUCGACGUCCUCGAUCCAUACGCCGGUUAGCUUCUCUAGCGGUGCACCCGAUUCACCCGUGUUCUAUCGACAAAGUACCAUCGAAGUACCCGUGCUCGAUGCACUUAGCGCUCACAAAACUUCGCCCACGACUACAGCUACCCAGCAGCAGCAUCCACCCACGAUCCUGCUGGAGAUCCCCAGCAACGGUAUCAAUAACAAGUGCCUAUCUCCAAUCAGAGAAAUGCCGACGCCGAUACCGUCACCAGCUUUAACACCGAUCAUGCCACGACCUCAACGAAUACGGGGUCCCCAGGCCAUGCAUGACGAGUCCAUGUCAGUGACUUUCAGCGGCGAUUACUCCGGAUACACGACUAACUCUAAACCCAACCCGAUAACCAUUGAAAUCAACCAACCCGAAUCCGACACCGAUUCCCCGACUCCGACGAAUCUCUCAACUGACUCGACCAGUUCUUCAAACGGGUCCAGUCGGUCUCGUAAGGCUCCCCCACCCACAAUCUCCAUCUCGAUCGAUGUUCAACCACCUACUCCGGAGCGGGAACGACGCGAACGACCCCGGGAUCUGAUCAUUCCCGAACUUAUUAUCCAACAGCCGAGUCCAACCAAGGAACGCACCGAGGUGGUCAACAUUCCCGGAUCGCCUCCACCGCAGCGAGCAAGCAUCGGCGAGACGAGUUUUCUAUUCCCGAACAAGCAGCAGCAAAAAAGAUUGCUGAAGCACUGGGAGAAGCCGGGCUCACUUGAUCUCCCGUUCGAUCCACCGAUGAUUACCAUUACAGCAAAUAUGAGUGAAGUAGAGUCCGAUGCCGACUGCAUGUCUCCAGCGUGCGGGCCUCCAGGUAAACCGAACGGCGUCGGCGGGACCAACUCCCUCGGCGUUUCCGGUAGUUCCGUAGGCAUGUGCUACCUUAGUCCGUUCUCGAUGUGCACCCGUGGCGAUCGAGCGCCCUCGGAAAGUAACCUUAGCUCGUCCGGCUACUCUAGUAUGGCUAGUCCCGGUCCCAGUAGGUGUGGAUCCAGCAAUCCACUCUGCCCUAGCGAAACGGACGAUCCCGGUUCAGGACCCUCAGGGAAGGGGUUUCCCGGGCUCGGAACCAUGCUGGACUCCGGAAACCGUCGUCAAGCGUCGAUACUGAAGAAACACAACGAUACGGGCGGUAGUGGAACGGCCGGAGCUUCCAACGACCGUCAGGAAUCCUUUCGACUGAGGUCCGACUCGGAAACGCUUUCCGACGAUCCGCUGCUAGAAUCCAAUGACGAAGGCAUCGGAACGGAUCACCUGGACGAAAAAAUCGAAGACGGCGAGAUCAAAAGUGCCAAAGAGCUGGAGAUGUACAUCAGCAAGGAACUGAUCGAAACCGGCCAGAAUCUGCUUAACGCGGAAGGAUCCGCCUCCAUGUCCCAACUACAGCUUCCGUCAAUCGUGAUCCAAUCGGAAACCGGCUUCGACAAACUCUCGCCAAUGUCUUCGCGAUCCGAGAGCCCACUGAGUGAUCGCACCGCCAGUAUGGAACGCUUUUCGCCGCUGUUCUACGGCAAAAAGGAUCAGCAGCUGCCGUUCACCGAUUCAGACGGUCUCUAUGACUUCCCUUCGUCCGACGGAAAAGGAGGCGGCAGCGGCUCCACGAUCCAUCACCGCAAGAGUACUGGACGCAGGAGAGAACGGCGAAGCUCCCGGUCCGGAACCCAGAGCCUAUCGCCGUCGAAGUCAACUUCAGUCCUGCUGUUGGAUAUACCUACCAAUACAGUUGGCAGUAAGGACAGCAAACUGGGAACCGGUGCGACGCCGGCCCGUAAAAGUCCUAAGAGGAGGCCACUGUAUCGGCACCCCAUUGCUAGUAGCUCUUCGUCGACGGAGUCGCUGACCUCGACUCGGGAGUACGCACAGCGUUCCAGCAAAGCAUUUGUAACGUUCACACGUGAGACGCAUCUGUGCGAUUCAGGAGAUGACACCGGAGAGGUACGUUGCUCACUGCCACAUCCGAUCGUAACUAACACUAGCAACAACAGCGAGCUGACCAACAACAAGCCCUUCUUUGUUCUAACCACUACCACAACAACUACUACUACUGCUACUACUUCUACUCUAACGACUACAACUCUUACUACCACUGCUACUUCUUCUACCACAACUAAAACUUCAUCCAUUUCCACCUCUCCUUUCCCGAUCGAACUGCCCCCACAGCCCCAUCCUCCUUUAGUGUCUCCCGUGUCCAAACUCGACCGCCACCAACCGGAAGCUCCACCUCGAUUCGCGUGCGCUGACUCUGACGUCUUCCGGCGACUGCUCAAUUACAAACUGGACAAACUGACCUCCAAGGAUCGUCCUCAAACGACGUCCUUGUCCAGCAAGGGUAGCUUCGGUAGCUAUUCAUACACUCGGGUCAGUCAAACCGACGACGACGACGACAACGAUGCCGGCAACUUCGACGUCGACGAUGACGACCGUUGGGACGACGAUGAGUGCGUUGAGGAGCAAGACGAUAUCGAAGAGCUGACCGAAGAAGAAGAAGAUCAAGAGACGGCCCACGAGGAAACGCAACUCGUCGAAAAGUUUGUUCUGAGAACUACUAGUACUACUGGAAUGCUGUACAAAUGUUGGCGCGGUUUCCAUGCUCUCCCUACGGAUGUAUCCAGCCAGAUCUUGCCGAAGGUGACGGUUGAGGACAUCAGCAGCAAACCGCCGAGCAAGAUCGGUCGUCUCCGGGCCAUCGGAAAUCAAAUAAGAUUCCUUCGCCGCCUGGAACGAUCUAUCAGGCAGAAAGACACCCUCAUAGCAGUAUCCGACGAAGAGGGCGGCCCAUCUCCGAGAGAAUCCCCUAGGGCCACUUCACCGUUGCUACGCAAACAGGACAGCAACCUAUCACCAACCUCUAGGGGGACGGCUCCUCGAGCAGCACUGCAUCACCAGGGUUCGUCAUCCCAGUCUUCCUCGAAGGAUUUGGUAAUCGUGGUGGAAGCUCAUGAGCCUUAUGAGCGGAACCAUACCGGGGAUCAUCGAGGAGCUCAACCGAAGACCCCACAGCUACUGAUGCCUUCGAGUGCUGCCGGAAUGCGUUCGAGGCAGAACUUCAAGAUGUCAAGGCAGAAACGGGUCGCGAAUAGUCGGGGUGGACCUUUCGGGGAACAGUCUAGCUGGUCCGAAAGUAGGGAACCCAGGAUGUUGGGAGCCGAUGUAAAUAGUGACUAGGAGAGUAGGAUACGACGUAGAGACUGGGAGACCGGAGUCGUGUAAAUAUCGGUAGCUGUUUAACUGAUUCGAUUUAGUUGUGUAUGGUGAUGCGUAAUUUUUACUGGGUAAGCGUUAACAAUAAUCCAUCUUCCAAAAAAUCGAGACUAGAGACCGGAAGAAUCGUUCACAGUGUUGAGUCCUUAGUUGUUGUGGUUACAUAUUGGCUACAUAAACAUACGUCGUCGUACAUAUUUUGUUCCACAAAAUUGGAACUGCACAAACCACCACUACUGAUAGGUACCACACGCUAAAAGUCGCAAAAUGUAGUUUUCGGUUUAGAUGUGUACUGUUUGUAAAUAAACAAAAACUAAAGCGGGAUCUGAAUGUGUGUAGUAUUCUUUAUUUGGCGCGUGAAUUCACCGAAAUCUCAACGUAGUGUAACUCACAAUCAAAAACAUUAUAAAAAAAAUAACAAAAAAAAAAUGAAACCUUGAACAUGAAGAUACAAAACAGCACUUACCUACACUAACGAGCAAGCAAAUUCUACAGCAAUACCUAGGGAAAAAAAACUAUUUUCUAAAGUAACAAUAACAAUUUAGAUCGAAUACUACUUUCUAAAAGAACUAGAAGAAGAAAACUCAAAAACAUAGUGUGAAGUACAACAACAACAACAACAACAACGGCACCCAAACUACCCUGUACACCGUGGAAAGUGGGCGUCGGGCGUGUUUUUGUAUUCCUUUUUUCUACAAAACUUGAAACGAAACUCACACUCUAAAAUCUAUACUCUAGGAAAAUGCUCUAUACUAGAUAAGCAAAGUAAUUUUAAACAAAUGGGUAAAAUGAAAAUAAAAAAAAUGAAAUAAAAAAUCAUUUCACAGUCCAAAUCCGCUAAAAUGCCAGCCACGCCUAGGAAGCUGUUUAACAUUUACAUGUGUUCAGUUUGUUGUCGUAAAAUUACGAAAGUCGAAAAGGAAAAGAAUGCCGCCCUAUAAGCUUACGCUGUUGAAAUAUGCUUCUUUCGUCCUGUUCUAAGGAUCUUUAAAUUUUUUGUUUAAACUUUCCUUAACUUGACUUGACAUACUUCUAACUGCUUGAUGAAAUUUGAUAAAUAAAGUCAAGGAUUCAGUCCAAGAAAACCUAUUGAAAAUGGAACAUGUGUAAUGAAUGCUGCCAAUGAUGUUGGGCAGCGAAGAGACAUUUAUUGGAGGCGAAUGUGUAUUGAGACUGAUACUUGAGAGCAUGCACCGAUACGAAAGUUUGAAACGGAAGUUUGAAAAGCAAAACGGGAUUAAAAUAUGCUCACUGAAUAAAUUCUGCAAUGAACGCCUCUUACAAAGAUUUAGUUGUGAAUUUAAAAUUGUUUUAGACGCCUUUAGUUGAUUAAAAAAAUCCAACUUACAUCUUUAUUUGUCAUAUUUGUAAUUUUCUAGUUCAAGUUCCAGAGGAAUACGAAUAUUUAUGUAACAAAAGUCUAGCUGCAAAACAUUCCGAUUUUACAUUUCAAAAUAUUUUAUUACCCCUCUUCCGUCCCUGAAAUUUAUACUUGUUACAGUCACUGGAAUGCUAAUUUGACACUCCUGGCUAAAACUAAUAAAUCUUUCUUGUUUUCCAACCGAUUUUUACAUAAUUUAUAAGUUUGGAAACCUCAUAAUGCAACUCAAAUAUGCUUGUCAGACAACAUUCAGCUACAGCACUUCAGUCUUCCGUUAUUCGCAGUCUAAGAUAAAAAAAAAAAACCGGAGAAACAUGCUUCGGAGAAAACACAGUAGAUCAGCUAUGGAAAGCUUGAAAAAACUACAUAGUGUCCAAAAAAGCUUAAGUUAGUAACCUUCGUUGCACAUACCUAAGGAUAUUUUUUUAAAAUUUUCUACGAUCAUGAACACAAAAAAAGUAAAAAAGUGUUGUAAAAACGGUAUAUUUCGAUAAACGAACCGUCAAAAUUUUUAUGUCACCCCGGUAAAGUUUUGAAAAAUAGAUUGAGAAGCUGACGAAAUUUUGCACCUUUUGUUAAGAAUUGCAGCGCUUAUGUACCUACCCUACUAUAAGAGCAAGUUCACUGGUGUUAGGAAAAAGUGGUAGAAAUUUCGACACUUGUAGCACAUUUUGAAAAUUUUACCAUGCAAAAAUGUUUUCAAGAUCCAAAUAUGCAAAAACGUGCUAAAUAUCGUCAACUUUCCAAUCAACCUUUCAUAAUUAAUCUGAAUCAAUUUUGGUGAUUCAAUAAUUGAAAAUUGCGAUUUUUACACAACUUUUUCAUAUUUUUGGUGGACAUGGUUUUCAAAAUAAAAAAAAUACACUUUUGAACAAGCUUCUGCUUUCUUGCACUUCAAGUGAAAUUUUUUUUUAAGCAUUUUUUAGCUGAUCUACAGUAUUUUUUCCGAAGCAUGUUUUUUUCUCAGACUUUGAAUAACGGAAAUAUGAGUGGCAUUCAGCACGUAUUCGGGCCGGACUAAUCCGGGAUUUUUUAUCUAAAAACCUGAAAAAAAUCCGGACAUUUGGUUUCAAAAUGUUGACCAAAAAUCCGGCACAUUUUUCAAAACCCAGGAAAAACUCACCAAAAAUCAAGAAAAAUAACUUGAGAAAACUUUUUUUCAUUAAAAUUCGGCAACAGAUUUCAAAUUAUCAUAAGAUCGCCAGUAUUUAGCACGUAUUCGAGCCGGGCAAAUCUGGGCUUUUUUUUUAAUCUAAAAACCUGAAAAAAUCCGGACUUUUGGUUUAAAAAAAUUGGACAACAAUUCCGUUCAAUAUCCAACAAAUUUGGUGAAACCCCAGGAAAAACUAAACAAAAAUAAAGAACAAUUUCUUAAAACGUUUUUUAAAAAUAAAAUUCAAUAGCAGAUUUUAAAUUGUCGUAAGGUAGCAAGAAUUCAGCACGUAUUCGAGCCGGACGAAUCCGGCCUUAUUUUUAUAUAAAAACCUGAAAAAAAAACCGGCCAUUUUGGCCAAAAAUCCGGACAAUAUCCGGCAAAUUUGGUCAAAACCCAGGAAAAACUCAAAAAAAUUAAAGAAAAUAACUUGAAACAAUUUUUUAAACACUGAAAUUUGGCAGCAGAUUUCAAACUGUCACAAAGUUUCCAGAAUUCAGCACAAAUUCGAGCCAGACGAAUCCGGCUUUAUUUUUAUCUAAAAAUCUGAAAAAAUCCAGCCAUUUGGUUUCAAACAUUUUGGCCAAAAAUCCGGGCAAAAUCUGACAAAUUAAGUCAAAUAACUUGAAAAAACAUUUUUUCGUCUAUAUUCGGCAGCAGAUUUUAAAAUUGUUUUAUUUUAAAUUGUGCUUCCAUUGAUUUAAAAUUGUUUUUCGUUUCUCAAAUUUUGUGUUGAAUAGCCGGGCAAAUCCGGAUAAAACCGGACAAUCUGUCAACCUUACUCUAACGGGCAAUAUCCGGCAGGGAAAACUCAACAAAAAUCAAGAAAAAUAGCUCGAAAAAAAAUUAUCAUAAAAAUUCGGCCGCAGAUUUCAAAUUGUCGCGGUUGCCAGAAUUCAGCACGUAUUCGAGUUGAACAAAUCCGAGCUUUUUUUUUAUCUUAAAAUCUGAAAAGUCCGGACAUUUGGUUUCAAAAAUUUUGGCCAAAAAUCCGGCAAUACCUGGCAAAUUUGGUCAAAACGCAGGAAAAACUCGUACAGCAGAUUUCAAAUUGUCUUGUAAAAAAAGAACUUGAAAAAAACGCACGUAUUCGGGCCAGGGAAUCCGAACUUUUUUUUAAACAAAAACCUACAAAAAUCCGAGCCUUUGGUUUCAAAAACAUCGAUUAAAAAUCCGGGAAAUAUUCGUCAAAAUUGGUCAAAAACCAGGAAAAACUCAACUUACAUAAAAAAAAAUAAUUUCAAAAAAUCAUCUAGAUUCGUGAACUGAUUUAAAAAUUUUAUUCCAGGAUUCCAAAAACCUUGCAUGAUUAUUUUCAUAAAUUUUGUUUAAAAAAUUUCGUUUUGGACGCAUGAAUAAUUUUUUUUACGACACAAUUUGUUGUUUUUUUUUUGUUCGAUUUGGUAUAUUUAAAUGAAUAAAACCGGGCAAAAUCCGGGCUUUAUACAAUGAAAUCCGAGCAACCGGCAAGAACAGGACUUUUCUAAAAUUUUGAAUUGAAUAUCCGGGCUAAUCUUUAUAAAAGCAGGCAAUCUUGAAAUCCUAAAAAUUUCUGGGACUGAUGAGGGAUAAUAAUUUUUCAUCUUUUAGCUACGCAAAGAUAAAUUCAAACUCACUAAAAUGGCGUCACAGUCUAGAUGUUUUCAUACGCCUAGAUACGCCCCCUACAUUAACCAAAUGUAUGAAAAUAUACUUUCCUUUAGUGAAAGUGUCUGAAAAAUCGCUGCACAAGCUUACGAACGGAGAUUAAGUGUCUUUUUAACCCCUAAUUCUCCUAUAUUUUUCGAACAAUCCAGAAAAAUACUUGUUUAGACUAAAAAUUUGGAAACAACAACAGACCGACCUUCUGUAAUUUUUUUUCCGAAGAAUCAAAUGAAGGCUGUUAAAGCCACCGCACGCAUCGGAGAAAGGAAGUAAUGGCUGAUUUUACUCUCAAUUCCCCUACUUUUUUUUCAGUUCAUUGAAAUUAAAGCAUGUUCGUACUUAAAAUUUUUUGAAUCAGAGACCUAUUACGUGUGAUUAUUUUCGAGGAAUCGCUGUUUGAACUACCACACGCAUUGGAACAUGGAGUUUUGUCUGUUUAACCCACUAAUUUUUUUUUACGUUUCAUGAUUAUUUCCAUGAAAUUUGUUCAAAAUUUUCGACUAUUUUGUUUGAUUUGGUAAAUAAAGUGAAAAAACCGGGUGGAAUUCGGUUUUUAUUCAAUGAAAUCAGCAUAACCGAGCCGGACCGAACUUUUUUCAAAUUUGGUAUUGAUUAUCCGGGCAAAUUUGGAUUAAAUCGGGCAGCUUGGGAACCUUACUCUAACGGGUAAAAAUCUCUGGAACGAAAUAUGGCAAAAUUCCGGGCUGAAUGCAAAUCUGGUCAAAACGCAGGAAAAACUCGACAAAAAUAAGAAAAAAUUACUUCAAAAAAUAUUUUCUUUAAAUUCGGCAGCAGAUUUCCAAUUGUCGUAAGGUUGCCAGAAUUCGCACGUAUUCGGGCCGGACUAAUCCGCGCUUUUUUUUCAUUUAAAAACCUGAAAAAAUCCGGACAUUUUGUUUCAAAAACAUUAACCAAAAAUCAGGGCAAUAUCUGGCAAAUUUGGUCAAAGCCCUGGAAAAACUAAAAAAAAAACAAGAAAAAUCACUUGAUAAAAAAAAUUUACUCAUCAAAAUUCGACGGCGUUGUCUUGUUUAAAACUCUUCUUUAAUGGACUUUUUCUUGAAUUUCAAGCUCAUAUCCAAGAUUUUUAACUUUAGGCAAUCUGGAAUUAAUUAAAUGAAUUUUUAGCCCUUCGUUUCAAAUAGCACAAAAUUUGCACAGAGAAUGUAUAAAUAAAGUGAGAAAUUGUUUUUUAUUGUUUGAUGGACACAUUGUUUCCAUUUUUUUUAUCGAUUUUUUAAAAAUACUUAAAAAUAACCCGAAGCAAUCGACCAUGUGCUCGUUCGGCUAAAAUCCCGAGUCGAUGGGUGGGGUUAGAGAAACAAGAGAGAUCAAUAGAGGGAAAGAUCACAUGCGGAUAUACAUGGUGUUUCGAUAGAAGGUCCAGCAGUUGAUCGGCAGAGCUCGAUUGCUCGUGUUCGCCGGUUCCAUCACGUUCACCGUGGUGGAAUUGGCUAACGCGCCGUUGUACCGAAGCGGAGAUUUCAGGUUCAAGUCCUGUCGGUGAGCCGUUGUAUCUUUUUCGAAAUUUUCAUGAUAUUUACGGCUUAUGUUCUUUCGUUCUUUGAUAGUUCAUGUUUCUCUAAUUUCUUUCAUCACAUAUGAAAAUGUGAAGAAAUUCACAGUUUUCGAGAUGCAAAAAAUUUAAAAUUUGGUUUUGACUUGUUUGGACACCUUCAAAUUGAAUAAGCAUUUAAUUUCAUUUUUCCAGUUCUGAUUUCUAAGAUUCAAGCAAAUGUUUGGAAAAAGGUAAUAUGCCAAAAUUUUAGAUAAAAAAAAAUUAAAAAUUCAUUUAAUAAAUUUAUGCAAUUUAAAAAAACAGUAAAAUGUUACCAAUAUAUUGAAAAAAAAAUGGUUUAAAAGCAAUAAUCUCCUUCUCGAUGAUUUCAAGUAAUUUUGACUUCUGAGAAAAAAUGACCUCAGUGCUCAUUUUUUUUGUUUCAGUUCAACUAUAAUUCAGGAAUUUUAAAAAAAUUCAAAGAACUUUUCAACCAAAAUGCUUCUUAGAUACUUUAAAAACAAAUAUAUUGCAGUCUUCAACAAAUUUGUAGUUAUAAUAAAUACUUUUAAAUUUAAAUCAUGAAAACUCCCAUUUGUGAUGUUACAAAUAAGUGCAUUUUUUUAAAUGAAAUUUUCUUAAAUUUUAGAUUUUUUUCUUAAGCCUUGUCUCUGAAACUAGAAAACCUUGGCAAAAUCGUUAUCCUUUAUUGAAUAAUAUUUAGUUAAAAGGUUUAAAAUAAGCUUUUAGUAUUUGUGUGGUUUAUCAAUUUAUCAGCUUUCUAUAUUUUAACAUUCUCUUAUUGAAUUUUGGCAAAUUCAUAUUCAAAGUAGAUAGGUUGAUAGGUGAAAAGAUCAAAAAAAUAGAAGAAAUAGAAUAAUUGAUGGAAAAUGUAAGCUUUUGAGCAUCUUUAAACGAUUGUGUUUUUUUUUUAAAAAAUUUGACUGCAUCUUCUUAAUAUUGUGGUGCUCAAAGUGGUCCCUACUGUCCCGAGGACGGCGUUGACAUCUUUCAAGAAGAAAGUGAGCCCAAUUUCGAAUUUCUGAGGGCGUUGAAAAGGCUCAAGGGCGGUGAGGUUUUAGCGUUUCACAUCCAAAAUUGAAAAAAUUACAAAAAAAUGUAAUUUGAGUUUUUAAAGAUUUUCCACAGACUAGAGGUUUUCUGAGUGUUACUUACCAUCUGCAUUAAUUUUUUUACCAAUUCAAUUGUUGCCAUACAAUUUAAAACAUAGAUAUGAAACUUAAUCUCGACUUGAUUUUCAACGACUUCAAAACGAAAUUAUAUUGAGAAGCGUAACACUUAUUAUCCAAAAAUAUUGAAUACAACUCAUACUCACUCUUUAGGAAUUAAGUGAUAAUACGCAAAUAAAGUAAAUUACCAGUGCUAGCAUUUAAACUUAAAUUAAAAUGUCUACAAGACAAUGGAAAAAUUCAAUACUAGUCCGGUCCGGACUGGAUUUGUGCAAAACUGACUGGUUUAUGCCUGGAGUUUUUCUAACUAUUUGCGAAAUUUAUGAAAAAAAUCAUAUUGAGCAAUGAUUAGCUUUGAUUUCCGUGUCCAAAAACGGUUUUUUUUAGAGUUAUAUUAGCAAAAUGAGUAAGAAAUUGUAUUCGAAAGCAGCGAACAAAACUUGAUGUGUUCCUAAAAGUUUCAAGUGAUUUUAAUUUAAUCGAUUUCUCUCAAAAUUUUGUAAAAAUAAUGGUUAAAUUUUGCCCAGGUGUGUCCGGAUAUUAUCCGGUUUUUGGAUUGAAUUUUUUUAAAUCGAUUGCCCGGUUUAUGGAAGGUUUAAAAAAAAUCCCGGAAUUGCCUGGCCCGGACACGUGCUGGAAAAAUUCUGGAAUACUUAGGAAAAACAUCAACAACUUGACAAAAAUGUUCAACAUUUGCAACCCAAAAAGUACUGAAAUAAAAAAUUUAGUCUAUGUGAUUAUGCAACUUUUAGAAUAAAAUAAUUUUUUUUCUCAACGAACAUAACUUCUGUGAAUUUUCCAUGGGAAAGUUCAAGGAUACAUCGACUAGAAAAAGUUCUAAUUUUUUAUACAAGCUUGAGCAUUUUUAUGUAUUUUUAACGAUUUUUUUCCACUUGGGAGGGGUAAUCACGUCGAUCAUAAAAAUUCAUUUUAGACUAGAAAAUUUGAAACAAAAACACACCUAUCUUGCGUGAUUUUUCCGAGAAAUGAAAUGAAAGCUGUUUAAGCCACCGCACGCAUCGGGAAAUGGAGUCAUGUCUGAUUUUACUCAAACAGCCUUCCUUCGAUUCCUCGGAACAAAUCACAUAAGAUUAUUGUUCAACAUUUUCUAGUUCAGUUCAAAUCAGAGUUUUUCUGGAUUGUUUAUGAAAUGUAGCGGAUUUAGGGGUUAAAAAGGGCACCAUAUAUCUAUUUGUGCGGCGUCAGAAACUAUUUCCAAUCAAUUCUCAAGAUAUUUUUACUAACGAAAAUAUAUUUUCAAAUUUUGGGAUUCUCUUCGCGGUUUAUUCACUUUUUUCCCAAAUGUGCGAUUGCUGAAAAAUAAUAUAACAUGAAAUUGAGGAAAUUUCUUUUUAAAUAUCGUGAAAUCUGAAUAAGUAUCCCAUUUUUUUAAAAAAAAUAAAGGCAGAAUGAGACUUCUUCUUGAUGGAUUGAGAAAUCCGCUAGUUUAAAAUUAUUCUAUCCUCGAUGGACGCUUGAUGAAAAUGAUCUCGCAUUGAAUUAAUCUUUCUCCUGCAAAUGAAUAAUAAAAACUGAUUGAGACUUCUGCUUGUGGAAAGUUAAGCAAGCCUACUGAGACUUUUGAUAGUUCUAAAUAACGUUAUUCCUGAUAGAGACUAUUUCAACAUUAAAAAGGGUGAAAGAGGAUAAAGACUUCUGCUUUUUGGCAAUUAAAAAAUAAUGAGUGUUUCUGAUAUGAUAAAGAUGAUACAGUAGAUACAAACCACUGUAAAAACAACAGAUUUGAAAAUUUUUCAUGUUGAAAAUCAUGAAAGUGAAUUUAGACUUCUGUUCGUUGAAAAUAGUGCUACACUGGAUAGAUCUUUUCAAAGUUAAAAGUUACUAACCAGAUUUUAGACCUGUGCUUACGAACAUCAAAACUACAAAAGAUUGAACCAUCUGUAAGUUAAAAGUUAUGUGACACCAGUGUGAGACUUCAGAUUGUGGAUAAAAAUGUGACACCAGAUUGAAGCUUUACUUCAAGUUCAAAAAUUUGAAAUCUGAUAAAGAUGUUUGAUGUUUGGAAUUAAUGAUACAGUUGAAGAAAAGUGAGACUUCAGCUUAUUCGAAAUGUUGUAAUAUCAGAUAGAGCAAGGUUGCCAGAUUGCCCGCUUCUAUCCGGGUUUGCAUGGAUAUUUAAUACCAACAUUGAGAAAUGUUCGGCCUGGCUCGGUUGCCCGGUUUUAUUAAAAAUAUCCGGACUUUUCACGGAUUUAUUCAUUUUAUUUGGCAUAUCAAAUAAAAAAAAUCGAAUUGUGUUGAAAUUUUUUCAUUUAUGCAUCCAGAACGGAAUUUCUUGGGCAAGCUUUAUGAAAAUCAACAUGAAAAGUUUCCAGAAGUCUAAAAAUACGAUUGAGAAUCUGUCGAUGAGUUUUGAUGAAAAAAUUAAUUUUCUUGAUUUUUGUUGCCUGGAAAAUGCCUGGAUAUUGCACGGUUUUUGGCUAGACAAUUUCAAAAUCAAAUACCUGGAUUUUGUCAUGUUUUUAAAUAAAAUUGUCCGGAUUUGUUUGGCCCGGAUACGUACUGAAAAAGAUUCGGCAACCUUAAGAUAGAGUGUCGUUUCCAUGAUUUAAAGUUUUUUAUCCUGAAGGAAACUGGAUGCAUAAUUCUGUAAUCGUAGUUUAAGACUUCUGACUUUUUUAUCCUGAAGGAAACUGGAUGCAUAAUUCUGUAAUCGUAGUUUAAGACUUCUGACGUGGCUUGACUAACAUUAACUUAAAGUUUGUAAAUUAUUAAUUUUUUUAGGGUUACAGAGAAUUUGAAUAUCCUUAACUAUUAAAUGAUAUGUUUUUGGUUAAAAAAUCCAUUUUUUAAACAAAGUAAUAUUUGACAAAAAAAAUAACUGCUUUUAACAGUUUGAAUCGUUUAAUUUUAUAAACAAAAAUACAAAACAUGUUACAUUGUUACAAUAACGAAUGAGAAUAAUCUCUAACAUGUCAGUUCCAGUAAAUUUAAAUUCCAUGCUUUUGCUAAGUUUCUAACCCUAAUUUGAUGAGUGACAUUCGAAAACUUCAUCACAAAGUCUCAAUAAAACGAAUUCUAGAUGUCAAGUUCUGCACAUUUGAAAUCCAAUUUCAAAGUAUACAUUUCCCAUUUUCGUGGGUUUGAAAAUAAACUGAAAUAAGAUGAAAAGUUCAUUAUUUUCCUUACUUUUGAGUAACAGACACUAUAAUAUUAUUUCAAGAGUUGUCUAGAAUAAUCUAGGCUCAUUUUAUUUUAUUUUAUUUUUGGAACCCAUUUUUAUGUUUAAAAUCCGUUUGGAAUAUUUCAUUGGAAAGCUCGGUUGAAAAUGAUUGGACGUUUAAAAAUAUAAAUUUUUCCUAAGCAGUUAGACAAAAAUGAAGGGCUUUAAAAGUUUUCUAGAUUCUGUUUUUUUUUUUUUAUAAAUAAAUCUAUAUUUUUUUUAUUUGCUGUUCAAGAGUGAGUCUCCCAGUGCUAGGGGGAUAAAAGUGCAAAAGAUAUCCAUUUUAAGUAUAUAAUGCCAUACUUUUUAUCUCAUUUCAAAAUAUAUUUAGUGGUUUUUCUCAAAUUUUCAAAAUUAAAUUUGCAUACUGCUAAGUUUGAAACAAGAUUUUUUUUUAUUUAUGGAAAAUGGACAAACACACCUACUUGAAAGUGCGUUAUCCCAAAAUUUGUUUCCAAGCACUUAUACCCCUUUGGCUUCAAAAGUCUCAAGUGCUGUUAACCUAACUUUAAUUUUUUUUCUGUUCUUCACCAUUAAGAUUCGCUGGAACAAUCCAUUUUCAAGCAAUUGAUUUUCUAUUGAAAUCAAUCAUACGGGUCUAGCUAUCGAAUAUAGAUUAUGUAUAACAAUUACGUCUGUCCGAAAGUUGAAAGCAAAUUGCCUGUCUUUUCUACUCUUGAAUAUUGCAUUUUUUCUGAAACCAAAACCAAAAGUUCAUGUUAAUGAUCUCAACUCAGAUCACAAAUAUACUGUUAAAAACAAGAAUACAAAAAAUAUGGUUACCAUUAAUAGUUAUCGUUACAAACGUUUCUGCCUCCUGUUAAUAAACCCGCCAGCAAACCAGCCAGCCAGUAAGUGCUUGUCUUUCACAAAACUGCAAUGAAUUUUAACGAAGAACUUAAAUGCGCCACCGCUUAAAAGACUUUCGCUUUCUCAAUUUCCCUACCGAUUUUUAAACCAUAGUUAAACUUAACUAAAGAACGAUCAUUGUAAUGCAAAAACUAAAAAUCACCCAACGAAAUCAUUUCCCUUAAAAGCGAUUAAACUUCUGCGAAAUGUUUUAAAAUUAUAAAACGAAAGAAACAAAAUACAAAUUUAUACUUUGCCAAACAUUGGACCAAAAAUACUGGGUGAAAUGACAGCUGACGAGAGCAAAGGUCAGAUGCAAAAAAAUAAACCAUUUUACGGAGGAAAACAUACACGACUUCUGUGAUAAACGUGAGGAAAAAAUGACAAAAUAAAUGUAAAGAAAAACUAUUCAAACUAAUAUGUACUUUUGUUUGAAGAAAAUGAACAUAAGCUAUUGAAUUCAAACUAACGAUAUAACGGUUAAAUAAGAAAAAAAAACAAAACUUUUGAGUGCAGCUUUUUAUUGAGGAAAACCAAAAAAAAAACAGAAACUAAAUUUGAGCGACACGGAUAAAGAUUUCUCAAUGGCGUACGUAUAAAAGAGAUUAUGAUACCCUUAUCAAUUGUAAUAAGAUGAAACAAGUUUUAAAGUUCAAUAUAUUCCACCGUUUGUGUGUGUUGAUUGUUUAUUUCGAUGAAACAAUAAUAACUAGAGGAAGGGUUACCAAAUAAAAAUAACAAAAAAAAAACUCACUCACACAUACCCACACCUACAUCACAAAACGGGGCAAAUUCACACAGAAGUAUAUUGUUGUUAUUGACUGUUUGAUUCUUUCCAAUUUGAGCAUUUUUAAAGUGAAAUAAGAUGAAAAAAUAAAUAAAACCGAAACUUUCAAAUAUUCAUAUUACAAAAAAAACUCACCACUAGUCGUAAUAAAACGGAUCGAAAAUAGGGGUAAAAUAUGCAGAUCUGAUUAUAAGGUGAAGAGGAAAGAAGAGAGCAAAGGUGAACAACUCUAUAUACCAAUAUGUGCACUUUUCAUUCCAUUACAAGUAGAUGUUAGUAUUUUCACCAAAAGAA